UAUAGAUGGAAAAUAGUCCAGUGGACGAUACUGUGGAAAAUAACAGUCUCUGUUGGUCUUUUAGUUGGUGUGUGACAUCAGUCUGUGUGUAUUUGAGCCAUGGGCGGUCCACUGAGAGUGGGCUACUUUAGGAGCAGAACCUGUCUCCGGCUGAAGCAGAAAACUGACCAACAGUGAGCAGCAAGAAGCUAACGAGGUACAUCAAGAAGAGGAAGAAGCUUCCAAGAAGCAGAGGACAAGGAGGCUGUAUCAGCAAUAAGGGAGGACACAAAACGAAGAAAAACAUCCGAACAAUCCCUACAAAUAUACCAGAUCUUGUAAGUGUCCUGAAAGAAGCGUCUUGCCCUCCUCUUCGCUCACCAUGGACCGCUCAGCGCAGGAACUGUUUCUCAACUUCAUGAUCGUCCUAAUCACUGUGCUUCUGAUGUGGCUACUGGUGAAAACUUACCAGGACUGAAGCAUGGAGCCACGAGGCAGGAAGAAAGCAGGAGGCGGAGGAAACAAAGGGACAGAUGGAGAGAGUUGGUUCUUGCUAGAUGUCUAAGAACAGCGUUUACAUUUUUUGAGUCUUUUUAGUUUUUGAAAUCAUAAGAAGACCUAUACACAGUUCCAGUCUUCAUUUAGGGUCAAAUAUUGUAUUUAUGUAUCUGUUGUUUGAGAUACAUGAAGUUUCUAAAGUUUAAAAAAAAAAGGUGUAGAAGCAUUAGAGAUGGGAGUGUGAUAAAAAUAAAAAAACAAUGUACAAGCAGCACAUCAUAGACUUGGUCAUAUAAUUUUAUGCAUACUAAGGUAUUUUUGUCA